UUUCGUGAAGCGCCUCGUGAUUUUUAUUUUGAGAGGCGCUAUGUAAAAUUUUUCUUUCUUUUUUCUUUCUUCGAACAACAGCGAUCAAGCAUGAGCACUGAGGCUGCAGCCCUCUCUGGGGAAACAGGUUCUCCAGCCUGCCUACCUGCCCAUCGGAGACUCAUGUCUGUAGACUGUCAGAUGUUUUGUGCUUAUCUAUGUAAUUAUUUAAUUUACAUCUAUUUAAUGAACCAUGAAAUGUGAGAUUCCAUAGGAAAUAUGAAAUCAAUCUUAUUGAUCUUUGGAUAACUUAAACCAGAAGAUUGGAAUUUUUUUAUUGCAGAGAUUAUGUAACCACUUCGUAUUAACUGAGAGACGAGAGAAAAGAGAGGGGGUCACCUUCAAAAAGUUUAAGUAGAUUUAUUUCUAAACAAUUUUAAACAAGACUAACUCUAACUCUUAAGUGAUGAAUGGAUCUUGGUGUGAAUGAGAUGUGAGAUGAAUGGUGUAUGUGUGAGUGAUGUUGUCAUCAGAACUCUCGUAUCCGGAGAAGCAAGUCUGAGUGGGAAGUGAUGUUUUGCUCUUAAGCUAUGAUCAGAGUUUCAUAAAUACAUGAGACGCCAUUUUAUCGCUCCACACAUACCCUUAGAAUGAGAUCUCCGUACAGAUCCAGAAUGCCAGGUCCUCGAACCCCUCUUUUGGUACCGGAGCCGAUGAAACAGCGUCAGCAGUGCGACAGACUAGUCUUUGGAUUGUCUCCAGGUAAAAAGCGACAGUUGGUUGACAGCGUCAGAUGGACCCUGAGGGUCAGUGAGUUCAGCUUUUAUUCUGAAAGGAACCAUUGCUUGGUUGGUAAAGUGUAACAGAUUUUUACAGCUUGUCGGUUCUUUGCCUAAAAAGGAAGUCCGGGUGGCCGGUCCGAUAUUUCUCUUAGAAUGCGGUGAACUGGCUUAAGAUGGCAUGGGGACUGGUUUUAUUAAUCUGGAUGUUUUGAUUUACGGUCGAAUCAGAGUUUGACGGAUUUAUAAACACCACAGAGACUAUGUCACGCUUCAGAAAGGAAGGUUCCGAUUGGAUGAGAAAGAUAAAAUGUGACAUGUGACAUUACAUUACGUGUGUCAGUGUAUCUAGUGCAGCUAGAUUAAAGUCAUAUGUAAUGAAAAAGGUUACAGUUAUUUAAUGAGCCAUAAGGCAUGGGAUUCCAUAGGAAAUAUGAAAUCCACCUUCUGAAUCGGUGGGUUAUUUAAACCAGAAGAUUGGAUCUUUUUAUUGCAGGGAUUAGAUAACCGCUCGGUAUUCACUCAGAGACAACAGAAGAAAGAGAGUCAAGUUUAAAAGUUAAGAAUUUUAUUACUAACAAGUUAAACUAGACUGACUUUAAAUCUAAAUGUAUGGUGUAACUAAAAUGGAUGAGGCGAUGAAUGGAUGACGUGUGAUCCAGCAGGUUCACCUCCAAGAUCGUCUGAGACCAGCCACUCAGACAGCUGCUGAAACAAUUGGUUUGCAUAACCAAACAAUUCUGAUGGGAUCCGAAGGUGUUGUCUUCUCAUUAAGCUUUGGUUAGGUGGUUCAGAAAUACAUAAGACCCCAUCAUGUCGGUCUACCUACCCUUCGUGGAAGUCCUCUGUAGAUCAGGAAUAUCGAGGUCCAGUAGACCCUCUCUAGAGCCGAGCCGGUAGGAAAAGCCGCGGUUCCGGUCAGACCCGUCUUUGAGUUACUUCCGGGUACACGACAAGUUAUUGGCAUCUGGUGAGACCCAAGCCUGGGUCUGAAUGGUUCAGCUUUUAUUCUGAAAGGGACUGUUGUCGCUGUUGGAAUAGCGACGAAUUUUUCAGCUUGUCGUGGUUCUUUCGGUUAAAGAGUUAAAGGUCGGGAUUGGCCACUCCGUCACUUGUUCUGGAACGCUUUGAACUGGCGUUAGAGCUGACGUGGCAUGGUUUUAUACUUCGGCUGUUAUGGUUUAUUGUCGAAUGAAAAAUGACCAAACACCAUCAAAACCACGCCUCCGUCAGAUCUGUAAGAUUCUGAUUGGAUCAGUGAAAGUAAUGUGUCAUGUCUUUUAACGCUACGUGAGAUCAGUCCUGUUGGAACACUUAAAGUCAUAGUACCUUUAUAUUCUAUAGGAUCAUAAUAAGGUAAUUAAUAUUUUGAUUUCACAGGUCGGUCACAUGUUAUUUAUUGACUAACACUUUGAUGGAUUAGCUUUAUUAAAAUAGAGUUAUUGGAUUAAUUAAAAGAAAAGAGUUCAUUCUUCAUUCUUCUGUUGAGCUGAAAAUAAGCAGGUUAGAAGCGAAUGCAUGAGACCUGGAGACCACUAUCUCAUGCAGACUAGUCUUGAGCUAAGAAGGGAAAAAUAAGAGUCAUUCCGUUCCGUUACACUUAUUACUUAUUAAAACUGAUCAUAACCAUUGUCAUUUCACAGAUUGGUCCACAUCUUAUUAUUGGACUAACUUUGUUUGAUUAGCUUUAUUAAAAAUAGAAAGAGUUCUUUGAUUUAUUAAAAAGAAAGAGUUAUCUUCUUUCUUCUCUUGAGCUGGAAAGGAAACAGUUUUAGAAGCAAAUGCAUGACCUUGAGGCAGUCUCAUGUCAUGCAGAUUAGUUCCUCCUGAGGAGAGAGGGUAAAUAACCUUUGGUGGAAUAGCUCCUUCAUCACGUUACAUCGAGUUUGGGGUGAUGGUGGCACAGGAGUUGAGUGCUCGCCCCGUAAUCGAAAGGUUGCAGGUUUGAGCCCCGCUCAGUCUAUCGCUGUCGUUGUGUCCUUGGACAAGACACUUAACCCCCCUUGCCUGCUGGUGGUGGUCGGAGAGACCAGCAGUACCAGUGCUUGGCAGCUGUCAGUGCACCCCCACCAGGGUGUGAAUGGUUGAAUGACUGAUUGUGUUGUAAAGCACCUUGAGGGGUUCCAUGACUCUAGAAGGCGCCAUAUCAAAAACAGGCCAUUUAUUUUUUGAGGUGUUUUGUUUUUUCCAUAGCAAAGCAACACCCUUUCAGGAGUACCUCUGGUAUGCCUUUUCUUCCCUCCCCCCACUUAUCAUCAUGUAACCCUUUUCUGUCUAAAGCCGGGCGUACACUGUGCAACUUUUUCAUAAAGUCAUGUAAAAUAGUCACGCAACCAUGAUUAUCUCUUAGACUAUAAUUGUGCCACCAAAAUCCAUAAUGGUUGCAACCCUACUAACCAUCAGAUAUGAUUCAGGUUUGUUAGUUAUUAUUUCAUCUCAUUAGCAUGCUAGUUCCCUGCGGUAAAUGUGUCUCGUUCAUCUGCUUCUUCUGUCAUACAGAAUCCGUCACAAUGAAACCAGCUCUGGAGCAGUUUGAAUCAAAUGAGUCAUGUGACUCCCAAGAAACCAUCAUCCUCACAGAGAGUCCCUCCAGUAAGAGGCUGAGGCUCGACCCAGAUGCCAAGCAUUUGGUGAAAUCCAUUCUUACCAAGAAAGCUGGUGGGGAACGCAUCAUAAAUGAAUACGACCGACACAAGACCCUGUCAGAUGAAACCAGAAGGAAAAUGGUGAACAUACUGGUAGCUGACAUGAUCGAGAACAAUGGUACAUCACCACACAGGGGGGUGAGAGACAUGUAUGCCAGAGGAAUUGUGAGCUUAUUCCCUAACCUUAGUGAUCCAUUCUCCAGGACUGGUUAUGAGCAUUAUUAUGACGGUGACAGAUGCACUGGGUACUUGGCCAGGGGGAUUAAAACUGCUCAGAGGGCCGCAGCUAGACAGAGACGAUCAGCAUUUGAAGCAUUCACAAAGUUUGGUGUGCCAGCUGAGACCGAAGGUGUAAAGGAUCACGAUGGCUCAGGAACCAAGUUGGAUGAAGACUUAUUUGAGGAUAAAGUUGAAGAUCCAUCAGCUGGACUGUUAACCAUCAGAUAUGAUUCAGAAUCCAUCACAAUGAAACCAGCUCCGGAGCAGUUUGAAUUAAAUGAGUCAUGUGACUCCCAAGAAACCGUCAUCCUCACAGAGAGUCCCUCCAGUAAGAGGCUGAGGCUCGACCCAGAUGCCAAGCAUUUGGUGAAAUCCAUUCUUACCAAGAAAGCUGGUGGGGAACGCAUCAUAAACGAAUACGACCGACGCAAGACCCUGUCAGAGAAAACCAGAAGGAAAAUGGUGAACAUACUGGUUGCUGACAUGAUCGAGAACAAUGGUACAUCACCACACAGGGAGGUGAGAGACAUGUAUGCCAGAGGAAUUGUGAGCUUAUUCCCUAACCUUAGUGAUCCAUUCUCCAGGACUGGUUAUGAGCAUUUUUAUGACUGUGACAGUGGCACUGGAUACUUGGCCUGGAGGAUUAAAACUGUUCAGAGAUCCGCAGCUAGAAAGAGACGAUCAGCAUUCGGAGCAUCAUCUGUAGAAGCACCUUGUAAAGAUGGUCUUGGAGGACCAGCUACCAAACGAGAUGCCCAGUUUGUUCCAGAUACUGUCCUGAGUGAAGAUGAGUGCAGGAAAACCAUCGCACUGAUUAAAUAUUCAGCUGAUGAGGACACAAUCAAGAAGAAGAUGAAGCUGACAUUUGACUUCCGCCGCAACAUUGUCUUGGAUCCUGAGCUGUCAAGAAGCACCGUACUGUCUGUCUUUCCACGUUUCAAAGAUGUCCAAGGCUUGGUGGAACAAGACUUUGUUCUGAUGUUUGGAGAGGAUGCCUCAAGCAGGUUUCUUGACAAAUGGACCUCCAUGUUCAAGCCAAAGAUCAUCCAACAAUGCAGACAUCUUCCAUCCACCAGUGAGCUUGAAAACCUCCUCCUAGCAGCUGAUCCUUCUGAAGCUGCCACUGAAGUGGACUAUGACAUUGGUUGGGACAGUGACCUCUCAUCCAUCUUGCUUCUGUUACACCUGAUUCCUCCCUCUGCUCAGGGCCGUAAGAGACCAGGAAAGGUGUCUGCUUCCCAAGCAGAGAAACAUCUGGUGGUCUUCAAGAUGGGAACAAACAUCCAAGAACAUCUUGAUUCCAUCACGACAAGCACACAACCCUACCUCCUGGCUGUAGGACGAAGUAGGAAAGAAGUCUACCGGUUCUUUAUCAUACUUGACGACAAUGCCAUCCAUUGUAGGUCGGCCUCUUCACUUGGUGCCUUUGAUGAACUCUUUAAGGCACAUUAUGUUUUUGGCACAGCUUACAACCCUAUGCUGCACAACAUGUUCACCUUUAUCCAGACAACUGUGUACAACAUAGAUGUCGGCAAAGUGAAGGAGAGUCCCCGUGUUGCAGAAGUUCGUGCUAGGUUGCUUCAUUAAUACUGGAUUCAUUUGACAUCAAGUGUGAUGUUUGUCAUGCUGACUAUACUUGAACAAAUACACUUGUUAAGUAUGUGUGAUUAGUUCAUGGUUAUUUAGAUACAAAACAUCUUCACCCUAAAUGUGCUCAGGCUGGAUGCAGUGCAUCUUUUAAAAUGUGCUUUUGUAGAAUAAAAAGUUAUUGAAUGCACUUUGUUUUAGAAACUUGUUUUCUAAUCAGUUUAAAGUAUUGUGAAAGACAGAAGAUGGGAGUUGCCAGAUUCUGGGGGCGUGGCGAUUGGACGCCGGCUGGUCCUUGUUACAUGUAAUGAGGCCGGAGAUAACAAAAGGGUGGCAGAUCUACCAAGGUGGGUGUGUGAUCGACUUGUCAUUGUGGCACCCAGUUCUGGGGGGGUGGGAUUGUUCGCAGUUGGUUAGGACUGCCGGUGAUGAAUACAGCUGAGUAGGUGGGCAGUGUUCCAGUGCUAGGACGGGAGGCUUGGCGCCUUCUUUAGGUAGCGAGGGCUGGGAGUAGUUGGGUGCCGAGACCGCGCCGACAUCUGCCGCCGCAGACUCUGGCAGCUGGACCUAAGCCGUGGAUUUACCUGCCAUCCUCGCAAGCCGAGCCCCGGGGUGUUGGACUGUGUCGGAAGCUCAGACCCCGGGGCAUUGGACUGUGUCGGAAGCUCAGACCCCGGGGAGGGGGUCGCAUCAACUGGGACAGCUAAGUACCGCUGCUUGGUUUUAUGUAUGCUGUUCAGCUGAUUUUAUUGUGCCGUAGUGUUUUAUUGUUGAUUGUAUUAAUAAAAACUCUUUUGGAUAAGU